ACUCUCCAGUCGCGGCGAGGUGGCUGCAAACUCACGGGCACGCACGGCGCUCGCCGAGCCGAGGGACCCGGGGGAGGGGACGUGCGCAAGGAGCUGGCAGCUCCCCGCCGAGGUUGAAGACACCGGGGGCCCUGGGCAGGGCAGAGCGCUGGCGGCCGCGGCUUCCCCUUUCUCUCACCGCCGAGCUCCGGAGAGACUCGGGGACUGGCCCUAAAAAAGAGCAGGAAAUCUUGUUUACCGCCCGGGGAGAGGAGCCCAUCGAGCCUUUGUUUGGAAAGUCAGCAUCGCCGGCUCCCGCGGCACUGUGUUCCUGGUGACAUUAGCCAGGGUAGACGGGUCGGAGGAAAAGGGGGGCUCGCCAGGUUCGGCUCUGCCUUCGGAGGAGGAUCCGGAGGGUUACUUUUGUGCAUUUGUUUGAAUUCGCGGAGAUCUGUUUCCCACCCCCUUGCCUCUCUCUCGCCCGCCGCCGGGCAUGUCCUGAUCUGGUGGCCGCGCCUACUAGCCCGGGGCUGCUGAGCCGAGCCGUCUUCCGCGGGUCUCCCCUCCCUCAGUCCCUGACUUUGCACUACCGGGAGGGCUGAUCUCUGCGAGCAGGGAGGCGGGGGAGUCGCAGACGCCGGGACCCGAAGCCUGACAUGCUCCGGGGCGGACCGGAGGCAGCCGGGAGGAGCUGAGCGCAGCGCCGAGACCGCUUCGCCCGCCCGCCGGCUCGCAGCGCCUUCGCCCUCGGCUGGGCGCCAGCCUCGCUCGUCUGCUGGGACGUCCCCUCCUCUCCCGGGGUCCGGGGCCGGCAGGACCAUGCUGCUGAAGGAGUACCGAAUCUGCAUGCCGCUCACCGUGGAGGAGUACAAAAUCGGACAGCUGUACAUGAUCAGCAAACACAGCCAUGAGCAGAGUGACCGGGGAGAAGGGGUGGAGGUCGUGCAGAAUGAGCCCUUUGAGGACCCUCACCAUGGCAACGGGCAGUUCACCGAGAAGCGAGUGUAUCUCAACAGCAAACUGCCUAGCUGGGCUAGAGCUGUUGUUCCCAAAAUAUUUUAUGUGACCGAGAAGGCGUGGAAUUAUUACCCGUACACAAUCACAGAAUACACAUGUUCCUUUCUGCCGAAAUUCUCCAUCCAUAUAGAAACCAAGUACGAAGACAACAAAGGAAGCAACGACAGUAUUUUUGACAAUGAGGCCAAAGACCUGGAGAGAGAAGUGUGCUUUAUCGACAUCGCCUGUGAUGAAAUUCCAGAACGCUACUACAAAGAAUCCGAGGAUCCUAAACACUUCAGGUCCGAGAAGACAGGCCGGGGGCAGCUCCGAGAAGGCUGGCGAGAUAACCAUCAGCCCAUCAUGUGCUCCUACAAGCUGGUGACCGUCAAGUUCGAGGUGUGGGGCCUGCAGACCCGAGUGGAACAGUUUGUGCACAAGGUGGUCCGAGACAUCUUGCUGAUUGGACACAGGCAGGCCUUCGCGUGGGUUGACGAGUGGUACGACAUGACAAUGGAUGAGGUGCGAGAGUUCGAGAGAGCCACGCAGGAAGCCACCAACAAGAAGAUCGGCGUGUUCCCGCCUGCCAUUUCCAUCUCCAGCAUGGCCCUGCUGCCCUCGUCCGUGCGCAGCGCGCCUUCCAGCGCCCCGUCCACCCCGCUCUCCACCGACGCACCCGAGUUCCUGGCCAUCCCCAAAGACCGGCCCCGGAAGAAGUCCGCCCCAGAGACGCUCACGCUUCCAGACCCGGAGAAAAAAGCCACCCUCAAUUUACCCGGCGCCUACUCUUCCGAAAAGCCAUGUCGGCCCAAGUCAGAGUAACUUCACGUGAACAUCCCAUUGGGUCCCAUCUUUUCAUUUGAGGCUUUUUUUUUUUUUUUUUUUGACUCCUCUGGUAGAGGAAAAGACUGCCUCGUCGCUCAGAUGUGCUCUUUGAUCUCGGAUUGUGCAUGUGGUUUCAAUAAUUUCACAGAUAGCAAGAAUCCCUCACGGGCGUUGAGGUGUUAAGACUUGGAACGAAACGGGAGGGGCUGGGGACGGGGCUCAGGGGGUAGAAUGCGGCUGCAGCUUGCGUGAAGCCCUGGGUUCCAUCCCCGGCAAUGGUAGACUAGGCAGGAGGAUCAGAAGUUAAAGGUCAGCCUCAGCUGUGUAGUUUGAGGCCAGCCUUGGUUAUAGGAGACCCUGUCUGGAAAACAAACAACACCAACAACAAACCCACAGAAUCAUCUAUACCUUUAGAUGUGGGCGAGGGAGGAGGCCUGGUUUUGGGGGGAGGCCUCCAUGUGUUUGAUGUGGGCCUCGACAGUCAACAGGUGAAUAGAUGGAAAAACAUGAAGCUGGUUUUUUGGUAAGGUGUGGUAAAGUAACGAAGUCAGUUUCCUCCCAUCAAACCUGAAAUUCUCAACAACAACAACAAAAAUACUCUCAGGUAUCAUAUACCUAAUUGUUCAAUUUUGGACUGCUGACCACCAAUACUUGAACUCCAGUUGCUAUCAAUAUUCCUACUUUGAUUAGUCUGACUCAGGAUUUGGGGCCUAAUUAACUUCUUAAAUUUUUGAAAAUUUUAAUGACCAACUUCUAGGAGGCUCCGAGUGCAAUUAAUGAUAACUUCUUUAUACCUUUUCACAAAAUUUAAUAAAGAGCCCAUCUGUUCUGUCUCUUAGCUUCCCCUUCCGUGCCCUGGUGGCUUCUCAGAUCCUUCACACUUGCCUGCAUGACCGUGACCACAGCUGGUACGAUGUGGGAUGUUUUGGAAACUGAGAGCCCCAGGGGAAACAAGCGUCCGCUCUUUAGGUUCCGACAAAGCUUGACCCGUGAGCUUCCAUCAUUCAUUCCGAUCCUCAGAAGUUUCAGUGAGCUAAAUAGAAUUCAUUGGCAAUCUCCCACUUAUGGAGGCUCAGCGGGGACUGCCUGGGUUCACCCACUGCUGGAAGGUCUGGUGUCUGAACCAUGCAAAAGAGAACCCUCCCCUCCUGGCUUACUCUUGGGAGCACCCAGACAUCCCCGGUAUGGGUACCCAUCACCAAGCUUUUUCCUUCCUUACAAUACGGGGGGCCAGGGCGUAGAGUUCUUGCCUAACAUGUAGGAGGCCCUGGGUUCGCACUCUGCAAAAAUAAGAAAAUAAAAUAAGAAAACAAUCCAAAUAUCGGCAAUGUCUCAGGAAUCCAGUAAACACAGCUAAGUGGAAGGAGGCAGAGAGUAGGACCACUGACUCCUGUUUGGACAGAGGCGUAGUCGUGUCCUCUCGCUCUCAUCACUGAAAGAAGUGGGAAUGCAUCUCAGAGUCCCGGCCAACUGCUGCCAAGGUCAGACACCAAGGUGGCAGAAAGAGAGACCUGUCCCGUUGCACCUCACUGCCUUUAAACCCACGAGGAGAGGAAGCAGAGGGUCAGCAUUGAACGAGAGGUGGCUGGGGAGCUCCAGAGCCCGAGUCCUCACCGUCCUUCCUGACCGUGCCCUCUAACCUCACAAAGGAAUCGACCCCCAACACAGACCCCAAAGGAGACAGAACGGACCAGGGAGUCUGUUCUCCCUCCCUGGCACCUCCCUCCCGUAGACCCUGCCCAAACCCUCUCUUGAGAGUUCCAUGUCUCCUGGGUCCAAGCCCUCUCCCAAGGCACAGGUGCUGCGGCCCCCUCAAGCCCAGCUCCAAAGUGCUUAGAGUGUCUAGAUCAUUUCUUUUUUCUAUAGGUGGACGUCAUGCCCAGCGCUCAAAAGAGAGCAAUUGCAAAUAGCUUAGUGUGACAGCCAGCGUAACAGUGCAUCUUUUCCUUAAGGUGAGAGCACCUUAGUAGGGUCCCCUUCUUUGCAUGGUAUGGAAGCAUGAAUCUUGCUUGUGGGAAAACUUAACCUUUUCUCGAACCCUUUGGACUUCUCAGUGGUUCCCUCUCCACGCAGCUGUACUCAAUGAGAAUAUCUGGCUUUAAAAAAAAAAAAAAAAAAAAAGGCAAACUUCCACUUUCAGAAGGCUUGGAGAUCAUGUAUGUUAUCUGCUUACCAAUUGCAAGCUGAUGUGGGCUGGGGCAGGCUCUUUGGUUUGCGUGUAGUGCAGAAUUGAUUCUGUGCGGGUGGCUAGACCACCUGGCACCUGUUUUUCCAUUAAUACUGUGCCACUUUACCUUGGCUCUGUCUGCUUCUCUUGUCAAGGUCACCGGUCUGGCUCACUUUCAGAAGCUACUUUCCGAUCCCCUCUUUUGCAAGCUCUCAUUCCUCUGGAGUCGGCCCGGCGCCUUUGACACCAGUUGCAGCGCUAACCUAUGCUAGUGUCAUUUGUAACCAACACAUGUGUGUUCAGUUUUUCUGUCUACAUGUGGUUUGUGUUUGUAAAUAGGGAAGGGGUGGGAUUCUGGAUAUGUCUCACUAGCUGCUUUGACUAUUUAAUAUUUAAUUCAGUCACCGCAAAGCAUAAAUGACCUCAGUAUUUUCUGAGUCUUGA